AUGAUUUGUCUUGUUCGAUGUGCUUCGUCAAUCGAUCCUCUUCAACGUCUUCGACAAACAAUGAUCUCCUAUCUGAUUUGGAAUGAAAAUGAUGAAUAUCGUCUCAUUGCUCCGUGUGGUGAUCUAUCUAAAUCUACUUUUGGACUUGACGAACAAGUGUUUCAGUCGUUGGUCGAUCAAGUUGAUCUGAUCUUUCAUUGUGCUGCCAAUGUUAAUUUCAUUCUCUCUGCUCAUCAACUAGCAAAGGACAAUGUCUUUGGCACAAGAGAAGUUCUUCGUCUUGCCACAUCGCAUCCAUCGAGAUCGAUUCCUGUCCAUUUCAUCUCCACUUUGAGUGUCCUUUCAUCAUCGAAGAGUAAUGGUUAUGCACAAACGAAAUGGAUGGCUGAAUGUCUGAUCAAUCAAGCGAUCAAGGCGGGUCUUUCGGCGAAGAUUUAUCGUCUUGGCCUCAUCGGUCCUCAUUCUCGAACGGGUGUCGCCAAUCCCAAGGAUCUCUACACUCUGCUGUUCGCGGCGAUGCUGGGAAUGCACUGUUAUCCUCAAAUACUCCAAGGCUGUCGAAUGGUGUUGCUUGUUGAUCUGACCGCAAGAAGUCUUGUUCAUCUCAGCCGGUUGCCCAAUCAUUCUGCUGAACAUGUUUAUCAUCUGAUCCAUCCGAAGAAUCGAAUGCAGAUGGAUGCAGUGAUCGAAGGAUUACAUCGGUGUGACAUGAAGAUGAGAAAGGUCGACAACGAUGAAUGGGAAGUGCAAGUGAACAGAUGGUGUGAUCAGAAGUGUGAAUAUGAAUGUGUGAAGAAGUGUUUCUUCAUCGAACAGUUCGGUGCAGGAGAAAGUGAAGGUCCAGUGUCGAAUGCCGAAUAUCAAGCAGCCGUAUCCGACUUGCAUCUGCCAACAAUAGACAAAGAAUACGCCUACCGAUGGCUCACGUUUAUUUUGGAUCAGAAAAACAGUCGGGUGUAG